AUGUCGGACUUGUUGAGUGGACUAGCCAGUUUAACUAAGUCCGUAACUGACAGUUUCAACACGUAUGAAAUCCGCAAACUUAGUGAUAAAGUACAGGGUAUGGUGAUGAACUAUACGGAAGCGGAAGUGAAGGUUCGUGAAGCUACCAAUGAAGAUCCAUGGGGGCCAACAGGACCGCAAAUGGCGGAAAUAGCGCAUAUGACAUUCCAGUAUGAUGCAUUCCCCGAAAUUAUGGGUAUGUUAUGGAAACGAAUGUUACAUGAAAAUAAAUACGCUUGGAGGCGGGUUUAUAAGUCACUCACAUUGUUGAAUUAUUUAUUGAAAAACGGUAGUGAACGCGUUGUGGGUAGUGCAAGAGAUCAUAUCUUUGAAAUGCGUUCGCUUGAGAAUUAUAAAUAUGUCGAUGAAAGAGGCAAAGACCAAGGCUUGAACGUACGACAUCGUGCUAAGUUAUUAAUUGAACUAAUACAAGAUGAUGAGCAAUUGCGAAUGGCGCGUAAAAAAGCAAAAAUGGAAGGAAAAGAAAAAUAUCAAGGUUUUUCCAAAGAAGAGAUGCGUAUGGCUGCUGCUGCCGGUGGUCCAAUGGGUUUUGGUAGUCAGUCUCAAACCAAAAAUAAUUUUGAUAUUUGGCGAAAUUCAUCAUCAGCCCGCAGAAGUUCAUUUGAUGAUGACAAUAAUGGUGAUUCAUAUCGAGAUCGUGAAGUUAAUUCGUUUCAAUUUCCCGAUCAAGAAGUAAGCAAUAUACGUGAUAGUCCAGAAUUAGGUAUUCGUGAGAAAACUCCUGAACCAAGUUCAGAGAAUGACGACGAAUUCGGUGAUUUUGCGCAAGCACGCAACGCACAACAGCAGCAAUCAAGUAAUAAAUCAUCUAAUAAUAUCAUCAUACCGCCACCAAUUCCUGCACCGAACCAGCAGAUUGCGCCACCGGUCUCUUAUAAUGCAGCCAUGGUUACAAAACCUUUAGCUCAGCUUGGUAGGUAUCAUGAAUUUUUCACUACUGUUUCUAAUGGCAGUAAUGACUUGUUUGGUCUAAAUGUUGGUACAUCAUCAGUGCCCACUAAUAAAGCAGAUGUAAUUAAUGCGAAUGCAGAUAAUAAUAAUGAUUUAUUUGGUUUCGCAUCUGUUAACAGUUCAACUGAAGCAAAUUUAUUCUCGCAACUAACUGAUGAUCAGCUUGUUCAAACAACCAAAAGUAAUAAGCCAUCAACUCUACCGGAACAGAGUGAUACGUUUCUGGCUACAACAACCGUCCAAAAACAGCAACAGAAACCAUUAUCUAAUACUACUGCUAGUUUCAUAGCAGAAGAUUUAUUUGGAGUUGGCCUUCAGCCGGAGCCAGUCAAAGUUGAUUUCUCAUCAACGACGAUAGCAAGCAGCGCAAUGACGGCAACAACCUCACCAGUUCGUGCCGUUUCAAUGCCAACCACACCCAUGGCGCAUGCAGCAGCCAAACCGAACAAUUGUUCAUCAUCAUCAUCGUACUCAAAUGAACAGUUGAAAGCAAACGUUACAAUCCCACCAACAUGGUCAGAGGCAACCAGUAAACUGAACAUUGAUUUGGACAAUCUCGGUCAAAAGAAAGCACCCGUUAAACAGAGUAUUUCAAUGAGUCAAAUGGCUGCCAAAAUGAGUAAUACAACUGCUGCUGCAGCAAAGGACGUCACUGCUGGGAUGGCAUCCUCGCAGUCGAUGUCUGCUGAUUUCAUGUUGUCGUCACCAACCAGUGGCGUUGCAAGUCAAUCAACAACAGUAGCACCGCAGAGUGGUGGUGCGUUGAAUGAUAUGAAGGAUCUUUUCAUGUGA